AUGGUAAAAUUGAUAACAGGAUCUGCCAAUGAUUUAGGACGCAAUUUAUGCUACCAAUUUGCUAAAAAGAAGUGUCAAAUAAUAUGUAUCGAUAAAGACGAACCAAAAAAUAACAACACCGUUCGAGUGAUCAAACAAUUCCACCCAGAGUGCAAUAUCAAGUCAUUUAUUUGUGACGUCUCACAAUAUGAACAAGUGCAAAAAGUGUUUCAAGAAAUUUUAGCUGAAUUCAAACAUGUGGAUAUUUUAAUCAACAACGUUGCUAUUAAUAUUUGCAAAGAAUUUAUAGAAGAUUACACAGAAACACAAAUAAAAGAUAUAUUAAAUACUAACGUUUUAUCUCAUUUUUGGACCACAAAAGAAAUUUUACUCUCAAUGGAAAAAAGAGAUAUUGGAUAUAUUGUAGGAAUAUCUUCAAUAGCUGGAAUAGCUGCCAUUAAACAUAUAAAUCCUUAUUGUGCAUCGAAAUUUGCGGUCACUGGUUUUAUGCAAUCCUUGGAAAAUCAGCUACGAGCCAAUAAAUCAAAUAUUCGAGCAUUAUCCGUACGUCCAUACUUCAUGGUCACGCAAAUGGUCAAUCCAAAAAUGCUCAAUCAUAGGAAAACCCAGCGUUUAUCAUUAUCGUGUUUCUUCAGAAUCGAACGAGUUCUAGAUCCACCCGCUGUAGCCCAAAAAAUAGUUGAAAGUAUUGAAAACGGUGAAACACGACUAAUUAUGCCAUUCUACAUCUGGGGAAAGAAGUGUGUAUGGAAAUAA